AUGAGUGCCAGGCCAGAGGAGGAGCGUAGGCGCCUGCUGCAGGGCACAGGCGUACCCGAGGCCGUGGAAAAGGAUUUGGCCAACGUCCGCAGCGAGUACUAUUCCAUCGUGCUGCCCUUCAUGGAAGCGCACCCCAAGCUCUUCAGCCGCAGGGUUCGCUCCCUAGAACUCUACCGCCAGCUCGUGGCCCUUGUCAUGGCCUACAGCUUUCAGGAGCCACUGGAGGAAGACGAGGAUGAAAAGGAGCCUAACUCCCCCCUGAUGGUGCCUGCUGCAGACAUACUAAACCACAUAGCCAAUCACAACGCCAACCUAGAAUACUCUGCGAAUUACCUUCGGAUGGUAGCCACUCAGACCAUUCCUAAAGGCCAUGAGAUUUUCAACACUUAUGGACAAAUGGCUAAUUGGCAACUGAUUCAUAUGUACGGUUUUGUUGAACCAUAUCCUGACAACACAGAUGACACAGCUGACAUUCAGAUGGUGACAGUUCGUGAAGCAGCAUUACAGGGAACAAAAGUUGAAGCUGAAAGGCUCCUACUGUGUGAACGCUGGAAUUUCUUAUGCAAACUGGAGAUGGUAGGGGAAGAGGGAGCCUUUGUGAUUGGGCGGGAGGAGGUGCUGACUGAAGAAGAACUGAUCACCACACUAAAGGUACUGUGCAUGCCUGCUGAGGAGUUUAGAGAGUUUAAGGACCAAGAUGGAUUGGAAGAUGAUAAAAGAGAAGAGUGCAGCCUAGCAAUCACAAAUAUCCCCAAGCUCAGAGCAUCAUGGAAACAGCUUCUUCGAAACAGUGUUCUGCUGACCCUGCAAAACUAUGCCACAGACUUAAAAACUGAGCAAGAUUUACUCAAUAAUAAGGAGGUCUAUGCCAAACUCAGCUGGAGGGAGCAGCAAGCCUUACAAGUUCGCUAUGGUCAGAAGAUGAUCUUACAUCAGUUAUUGGAAUUAACAAGUUAGCAGGUUCCCUGUUGCCGGAAGAACAGCAAUAAGAACUUAUAUUCUAAGCUGAUAUUGUUUGAAAAUAAAGAAAAUUUGUUUUCUUUUUUCCUUAUUAAAUACCAAAA